UGAAGAGGAGGAUUUAUGUUUCUUAUAUAGUGAAUGUUGUUUAUGAUUUACAGGAAGAUUGCAGCUUAUUCGUUAUUCACCGCUGUAAACUACCUACUUGCAACUCGAGGGGUGAAAGCGAAAAGGUUCUAUCACCUUCUUUAUUUAAUGCCACUUAGAAACUGUUCGUACUCACUCUAGAACUGUAAUAUGAUAGCAGCUGUAAGGCAUUUAAACCUAAUUCGUCGGCUGGGUGAAUUAUAAAGGAGAGAGUGUUUAUUGUUAAAUAUAGAACAGAUGAAGUGAAGAGGAGGAUUUUUGUUGCUUAUAUAUUGAGUGUUGUUUACGAUUUACAGGACAGAAUGACAGAAGACAUGAAAUUUAAACCAUGGGACUGGGUGGUGUUCGCUGCCAUGCUGGCCGUCUCCAUGGUCAUCGGGAUUUUCUAUGCAGUCCGUGAAACCCUCGGCAAAACCGAGGCCACGACCGGCGAGUAUCUCAUGGGUGGCCGGAAGCUUGGCCUUCUUCCGGUCUCUAUCAGCAUUCUCGUGUCGUUCUUCUCGGCGAUCGUUAUACUGGGAAACCCAGCGGAAAUGUACACGACGGGGACCAUGAUGUUCAUGUUAACGAUAGGGAUGCUCCUUUCAAUCUUCCUGGCUGCCACUAUCUUCGUCCCAUUGCUGUACCCACUUCAGCUUACAAGCAGUUUUGAGUAUCUGGAGCUUCGAUUUAACUCAAAGGUUGCCAAACUGACAGGAACAUUCAUCAUGAUAGUACAACAGGUACUGUACAUGGGCAUCGCCUCGUUCGCUCCAUCCACCGCACUGGAAGCUGUGACGGGGUUUCCGGCCUGGGCGACCAUCCUCAUAGUCGGGUGUGUUGCAACAGUCUACACGUUCUUGGGCGGCAUGAAGGCGGUGAUUUGGACGGACGUGUUUCAGUGUGUUGUCAUUGUGGCCGGCUUGCUCACAAUCUGCAUUCAGGGUGCAAUAAAAGUUGGCGGCAUGGAUCGUGUGUGGGAAGUCAACGAAGAAUGGAAAAGGAUAUACUUUUGGGAUGCUGACCCUGAUCCCCGGACAAGACACAGUAUAUGGACCUUAGUUGUUGGAGGGGGUGUCCUCUGGUUAAGCGCCUUUGGUAUGAGCCAGCCAAGCGUCCAGCGCUACUGCGCCGUUAGCACUCUCAACAAAUCAAGAGGGGCGGUCUUAACUAACAUGGUAGGCGUCGUUAUCAUCAUGUCGCUAUCCUGUCUGUCAGGCGUGGUCGUCUUCGCUUACUAUGUCCAGCAAGGGUGUGAUCCACUCUCAGAUAAGCAGGUCAGCAACCCCAACCAGCUUCUCCCGCUGUUUGUCAUGGAGGUUCUAGGGUAUCCCGGUCUACCCGGCCUCUUCAUGUCGACACUCUUCAGUGGGGCACUUAGCUCAAUGUCUUCUUCACUGAAUGCCCUGGCAGCCGUUGUGUGGGAAGACAUUCUCAAGCCUUGUGUUGGUCAUCGUGUGUCUGAGACCGCACGUACGUGGAUCACCAAAGUAAUAGUACUAAUAUUCGGUGGAGCGGGAGUGGGCUUUGCUUUCGUUGCUAUGUCGCUAGGUGGCUCCGUUGUACAGGCUUCCUUCAGCUUUACCGGGGCCGCAUCGGGACCGCUGCUGGGGAUCUUCCUGCUCGGUGGCCUCUUUCCGUGGGCAAAUUGGCUGGGUUGUACGAUUGGCGGAUUUGUCGGGUUGGCGAUACCGAUAUGGAUCAGUUUUGGAUCAUACGGCCUGCCCAAAAAACCUUACGCGCUGGAGUUUCCAACUUCCAACUGCACCGUUUUGGAAAGUCUCGUCACAACUACAAUACCACCGACAACUACGGCCUAUCAAAUUUCGGGCGUUGAGCAUCUCUACACAUUGUCGUACAUGUGGUUUGCCUCCAUCGGCGUGGCUGUCUCUGUAAUUGUUGGUCUCAUCGUUAGCGCCAUCACCCUGCCACUGUUGGGGAGACCGGAGGUGGACUCGAAAUAUCUUAUUCCGAUAUUUGACCGUCUGUUCUGUUACUUGCCUGAUAAAAUACUCGCCCCGCUCAGAUGUGGCAGGAAAUAUAAACAUCCACAAGAAAUCUUAGAAGAAACAUUGAAAGAAAAGAACAUGGAACAGAAUGGGACAUUAGUUAAAACAACAUCAUCACAUCGUUAUACAAAAACACAGGACGUCAAUGGAUCGGAUGGAGCAUCGGUAGUCUAUAGCAACAAAGUAUUUACAGACGAUGAAAUGAAUCAAAUAUAACAGAUACUCGACAUGUUGUUACAUUGUCUUUGUUCAUAAUUGUUUUUACUGACACUGAAAAUGAACAUUUGCAUUCUGAAAAAAGUAGUUUUUAGAGAUUAUUUGUGUAAUAAAUAUAUUGCAUGCUAUUAUCAUAGUUUAUUUUCUCCCACCUCAGAUAAAAAGAUCCAUUAAUUUAACCAUGCUAGAAAUUCUUAUCUUGCCCACGGGCGAAGAUAAAAUGCCCGUAUGGAACUUCUUUUAAUGGUCACCACAUUGUAUUUACCUCCCUUGUUGAAGACUGUCGUCUGUAGCGCAUCAUGGAAACCUUGUCUUGUGGCAAUAUCUAGAACGCGAGUUAUUUAUAUCUCGCUUCGAAUGUCACCAGAAAACAGUUUUCACGCACCUUUCAAGAAAUAAUGCUUCACUCUCCUUAUAACUAUUUAAAGACCGAUCAGACCAUUUACAUACUCGGAAUCACUGCGCGAAUAUCCAUGACAACCACGAAUAUUGCAUAUCCGUACGCAAUCAUUUCAUUAAGUACAAAAGAGUUCCGGCAAAAAAAUACAUUUUUACUUAAUUUUGUUUAACUGAGGUGGGAGAAAAAGCAUCUACCAUAGCCGCUCGUG